UUUCACUUUGACCAAAAUUUCUGGCGCAGAUGAUUUUCUCCAUCUGAAGGCUAAUGAGCGAACACCAUGAGCGAAUCUGCAGGAAAUUUGGUGUCGGCACUUUUAAACAAUGAGGAGAUAAUAAACACUCUGGCGACUGUAUGUACGGGUCAAAAUACAGCUAACCAAAUCCAGUACCGUUCUACCGAUGAAGAAAUUUAUUCUAUUUUUCACCGUGGAAGACCGAGUGCAGGGAAUGUCCCCGGUCAGGCUGUUCUCGUACCUUCAACCUCACAGGUACCCCCCACAGCUCCCAGGACACAGGAGGUUUCAGGCAAGUAAUCCAGUGGCUCAGUCUUUCACCAAAGAAGUAAUUCUCCUGCCAGACCAUACAUCUACAAAUGUACCAAGGCGAGCCAGCAAAGCUUGGCUUUUUGAAAAUGGACAUAUAAAAUCUGCCUUGGAAUUUGGCUGUCACUGGGAUUCUGGCAGAGUAAUGCAGGCAAUAACGGAGGCCUUCCAGCCAAUAGUGGAUGGAUGCAGGUUACAGAUCUUGAUGCCUUGUCACAACAAACUACUUGAACCAUCCCUCACCUCCAAUCAGACUUUGAGUGGAAGCCUUUUGAAAAAACUGUUUCAUCAGAAGUCCAUUUAUGUCAGGCCUGACAAAGUCAUUUUAAGUGAGGAAAAAGAUUCUUCAUCUUCUGAUGGAGACAGUAGCCAUGCACAGAGCCAUGAUUUUGCUCAAGCAUUGGACAGUGACAAAUCUGUCAUUGGUAGUGUAGGUGACAUCUCCAAAGAGGUUGUCUCAGCUAUCACCACUGUUGAGGCCCAGUCCUUUUCAGGACCUUCCAUCAAGAAUGGUGAUCAAAUUAUCUGGUGUGUUGCUACCCAAGAUAUUUGCACCAGUGCCCCUUCAAUCUCAGACACCACCACCACGUCCACUAGCGCUCCUGUCAUCACUAUUGAUGAAACUCUCACGCUGUCCAGUGGAACUUCUGCCAUCUCCAGUGGGAAUAGCCAUGGCUUGCUUAUUGAUCCCACUGUCAAUGCUAGUGGUGAACAGCAUUGCUUUUCUGCUAAGAAUACCCCUGGUGUGUCCCAUGAUCCCACCCAACGCAACACAUCUGGCAGUAGUUCUUCCAGCACAACCUACAGUGAUUUAAAGAUGACUUUAGAGAGAAUAAUGGAGCAGAUUGCCUCUCGAGUAAAUAAUGACAGCACUGUACGCUUCAAUAUCAUAAGAAGAAAUGUGUGGGAUGGAGCGUCCAGAGCCAUGUGCAGAUCCAAUUUUUCACCUGAGAAGAAGGUAGAUGUUAAGUUCACUGAUGACUAUGGAAUAUCUGAGGGUGCCGUGGACAAUGGAGGGCCUACUCGGGAGUUUUUUCGACUCUGCCUAGAUGAGAUCAAGGACAAACUUGGCAUCUUUGAGGGUCCAUCUAAUGCUAAAGUCCUCACAUGCAACUCCAAAGCAAUGAAAGACAAUGGAUACUUCUAUGCUGGCCAGAUCAUGGCAAUGUCACUUGCCCAUGGGGGCAAAGUCCAUGUUUCCUGUCUGAGCUCUUGUAUGACUGUCUUCAAAAAGGUCCUGACAGUGUCAAAGUUAAAAUUGAACAUAUUCAUGAUGAAGAAAUAAGGUCACAGGUGCAGUCGAUCUUACAGGCUGAGACUGAAUCUCAGCUGCAAGAUGCAGUUGCGCAGGCUGCCAGCUUGAUUAGUCUUGCUGGUCACAAUGUUCGUAUAACACUGGAAAACAAGCAAGAGACUGCUUUGGACUUGGCUCACUGGUAUGUCCUCCAGCGGACCCGUGCAGCUUUUGAAAGGUUCAGAGCUGGGUUAACGUCUCUAGGUGUCCUAGAUGCUCUCCAGAGAUACCCACUACAAACAAAGGGCCUUUUUGUGAAGAGUGAAAAGGGAUUAACAGCAUCUGAUGUAGAGAAUCUCUUCCAGAUCAUCUACUCCGAAAGAGGGAGUAAUGCAUUCCAAGAACAGUGCCGGACCCUGGCUUUCUGGCAAGACUAUCUGCAGGAUGCUGAAAUUGAAAACGAUGUCUCUCUGGAGGAUAUUCUUGUUUUCUUCUCUGGAUGUGACAGCAUUCCUGCAUUGGGUUUCUCGCCAAAGCCAAAGCUCGAGUUCAUCACCCACUCACGAUUUCCAGUGGCUAAUACUUGCGAAAAUAUUCUUUGCUUACCAGUUUAUGCAGCAUAUACUGCUUUUAAAGCGAACAUGGAUUUUGCCAUACGCAAUUCACCAGGAUUUGGAAACGCAUGAGUGGUAAUAUUGUGGAGGGCUUGUAGAGCUCGAGUUACACAGUUGUUGGUUUUUUUUUUGUUAUUUCUUGAGACAAAAAAGUCAAGAAUUUACUGUAAUACACAUAUUACUGUCAAGAACAGCAGGAAAAAUAUACAGUAAAACAAUCUUAAGUUCUUUUUUACAUUUGAAGAUAUAUUUCAAGUCACGGUUUUGUGUUUUGGAUUUAUUAAUGUGAACUUGGUGAACUCUUUUAAGUUGAUAAACAAUAAUAAGCGUAACAAUAACCACAGUUAUGGUUUGUGCUGUCAACUGGGGGCGGAUUGACAGCCAGAUUUAGCUGAAUCACUGUAUACUAUGAUUAAACCUCCCAUUAACACAUGCUGCAUAGGAGGAAAGUCUCAUUGUAGUUGUUUAGAAAUGUUGCCUAGCCACAAGGUUGUGGUAUGACUUUCUAAUAUAUAAACUGUUCUGUGUUCUUA